UAAAGACCUUGGCUGUUAACUUUGUUAUGACGUCUCAUAAAUUCAAUAAGACAGCAGGUGUCUGUUUUCAUGUGGAUAUUUAUUGGCCUCUGUGGAAUGUUAUUAAUCAUAAAGCAUUCCUCUUCAAAUAUAAAUAAGCUCUCAGGUAACCAAAUGACUGUGUGUGGGUUUAUGUUAUUGUAACACUAUCAGUAAAAGCAGUGUUCCUUGAGCACUGUGUGCACUGCUUGAGUAAAACGUACAGAAAUUUUGUGCUUGCCUUUAACACGUCAGUAUGUUUUAUCCAAGCUGUUUGUUUGUUUUUAACUACUUUGUAAUGUUGCAUUGCUAAUGGUCCAACUCAGUUUGCUUUGGAAUGGGUCGGAAGGUUUUAGAGGACGUUGGGCCUUGUAGAUGUGUACAAAAUCUUGUGCUGAAAGCUCUUUUAGGUAACUUGACAAGUGCUUGAACUGAAACUCUUCCAGGUGGAUACAGUUUCCUUCACUGCACAUCUUUACAUGUGUGGAAUCUUCUGUCAGCAGGAUGGGCCCCACCUCUUACUGCAGAUACUCAAAUAAUGUUUUAUACAGGAGGAAUUUAUUUCUUUUCCAAGAUGUGCAUCUUGUUAUUCUUUCAUUAGCUCCUUGCAGAGCACUGGAACAGUCAAAACUACUGUUUCCUCCGAUGAGGUUUUAACUAUUAAACUACUGGAUGUUGUUUGUUUCUUUGUCUGUUUUCAGUGGUUUACAGUUCAUGCUGUACAUACUUACUCAGCUGAUCUCCUGCAACUUCAGUUCAGCUGAUUGCUUGGGUGAGACUUGAGCCUGUUCUAUUCCGUUGCCUGUUAUGGAGUUCAGGAAUAUGUUAUCCUAAAGUGCAGCUGUUGGGGGUGACUGCAGUAUUUGUUUUGGGAAAGAAGCUUCAGUACAACUUGUCCAGCAAGUUUCAUCUUGUUAGAUUUUUUUAUUAUUCUUGUUUUCCAAACCAGAAAUACAUGAAAAAAUAAACUAGAUGGACAAUAUUUUUGCUUUGAUAUUUUGCUUUUUUAGAGGUUGAAUUUGUGAAAAUAGUCAGGGUGUUAGGAAAACCUUUUAGUAUCAUGUAGCUGUCAGCUUCUGCAUGCAAUUGCAUGCUUUUGUAAUAUGUUAAUUUACUGGAAUAAUUCCUUUAAUAUAGUUUUGUGCAAAAUACUACUUUUUCUUUUAGUUUUAAGAUUAAACCCUGUCAAGGUCCAUGUUAUCCAACAACUACCUCAGCCUGAAAUACAGGCAGUCGCACAAUCUGUUGCUCACCCACCUGCCAGGCAGUCUCGAUGUGAUGACAGUCUGGAUCAAGUUGGGUAUGUCUGGAGUCAGGGAAGAAGGUUAAAAGAAUUCCAAAUCAGUUACCUAGAAAGGAAGUUCUUCUAUCUCUGGGCAAAAAGGACAUUUGGACAAGUUCUCCCUUCCAAAGCCAGAUGUCUGUAUGAGCAGAAGAUCCUACAAAAAUCUUUCAAAGUAUGGAGGGAAUGGAGGACUGUUUGCAGGGAAAGACAGCUCGGCCUCACAGCAGACAGCCAUUACAGUUUGAUAUUCAGGGCUUGGAGAGCCUAUGUAUUCCAGCAGCGAGGAAAGAGGAACAAAUAUUAUGUUGCAGAGUCUCAUGCAAAGAAGCAAAAACUGCUCAGGGCCUGGCAGCACUGGCUGAUUUAUGUGGAUGUCCAAAGGACAAAACAAAGGAUGCAGGCUGUGGCACUGGCAUUCAGGGAAAGAACCCAUUUGCGGAUAUCAUGGGCAGUGUGGAGAAGACGAUGCUGUCAGAUCUCUACUGGACGUAAAAUGAAUAUUUUGGCUCUGCAGCACUGGGCUCAGAGCCUGCAGUUUCGAGCUUGGCUGCAGUGGCGAGACCUGUAUUUAAACAGCCAGAGUGACAAGCAGAAGAAUACUAGGGCAAUAACUCACCAUAUGCACAGGGGAUUGAAGAGGUGCAUGAAAGCAUGGCUGGAAUACGUGAACGUCCGCAGGGAAAAGAAACGUCAGAAUGAGCUGGCUCAAGAGCAUCACCGAGGCAGGGUAGUCCGGCAGUAUUUCUCAGAUUGGUGUCUGUCAUGGGAGUGCAGGAGAAGAGUGCAUGCUUACCAAAAGGACCUUGCAAAACUGUCAGCGAGGAUUACCUUAAGGAGAGCCUUUGCACGCUGGAAGCAUUAUGUUGUACUGUGUGUGGAAGAGACUCUGCAAUGUGAACUGGCUGAAAAGCACCACAGACAUCAGGUGUUGAAGUUUGGGUUUAAGGGUCUUCAGAAGAAUGUCGUGAACAGUCAUCUUCAUCAAGUGAGAAAAAAUCUAUCAUUCCACCAGCAUCGAGUUACGGUGCUGCAGAAGUUCUGGAACUAUUGGAAGUCCCGUUUGGAAGAGAAAGAGGAACAACAACAGCAGGCAUUAACAUCUUUGGCUUGUGCUCAUUACAGGAGGGUGUUGAUGAGACAUGUAUUUGACACAUGGUUGGUAAAGGCAUGCCAGCAGCAAGAAUGCAGAAUGGGAGAGAACAGGGCUGUACUUCAUUACGAAAGGCAACUUUUGGUUUCUUUCUGGUGCUUUUGGCGUAGAAGAACAGCUGCACAUCUGGAAGAGGAAGAGGACUUGGCUCGUGCAAGAAAUCACUACAGGAAUGUGCUUCUUCUGAAUGCUUUCUAUCUGUGGAAGAAAAAUACUCAGGAGAGAAAAAUGGAGAAGUUCAAGGAGAUGCAAGCCUUAAGGUUUCACUAUUCAAAAUGUCUGCAGCAAUCUUGGAACAAGUGGAGAGAGUACACGGAACAUCAGUGUGAGAAAUGGAGGAAGCUGGUGCAAGCAGACCUGCAUUAUCAGCGCACACUGCUGAGCAAGAUGUUGGCAGCCUGGAAGAGUUAUCAAAGUAACAUUCACUGCAUUCUGUACCAAGUAGCUGAAAAGGAGAAACAGCGCAAUAGACUACUGCUGCGGCAGCUUCUGUAUUUAUGGAGGGAAAAUGCCUUUGCUCUUGUACAUGAAAGAAAAGUGACUGCUCAAGCAGAUGAGCACUACCAGAGAGCAAUCCUGUUAAAGGUGUUGCUGCAGUGGAGGUACACUGCCUCACUACGAGUGUAUCACCGUAAGCAGAAGGUAGCAGCUGUGAUGGAGGCCAGAAAACAUUUGGAUAUGGCGCGUUUACAGACCCUGUUUCUUUGCUGGAAGGAAUUUACUAAGGAGUGUGUGAUGAUGAGGCUUCAGCAACAAAGAGCAGUGCAGCACCAUCAGCAGCACCUACUGCAGAAUUACCUGGAAAAAUGGAAGAAAUAUCAUCAUUGGUGCAUUGAGAAGAAGCUACUGCAGAGAAAAGGAGGACAGCUAAUGACUUAUCGCCUUUACUCUACUUUCUUUUUGUGCUGGAAGACAAGGCUGUUACAGCAGCAAUGGGAAAAACAGAAGACAGUGCAAGCAUUGUGGCACUGGUCACUUUCAUUGCAGAGGAAGGUAUUCAGUGCUUGGCUGAGAUUUGCCCAAGGACAACAGCAGUACAAAGAACGCAUUGAAAAAGCCAAAGGAGUUUAUCAUGCUGCCCUACUGAGAGAAGGUGUAACCAGGAUUUUGAGGUACACUGCUGGCAUGAAACAACUGCGGGGAGAACUCCAAGCCCAGAACCAGAUGAAGGCAGCCUACAGUCGUCACCAGUCAGUCCUUCGUUGUGCAAUGCUCUGGAAACAGAAGGCUCUCUACAAGAAAUUGAAUAAGACUCGUUCUUUUCUGCCAUCUCUGAAGAAGCAAGUGACAUUUGAAAUACCUGAUGACAGCCUUGAAACAAGAGGACAUUCAGCAGAGGAAAAGCAGCGGCCUUCAAAAUGCAUUGAUCUACCAUUCCCAUUUGCUAGUUGUGACUCAAUUCUCAGUGAGCUAGAGGUUGUUCAUCGAGCAGGGUUACCACCACGAAGACCUGACUUCCUCACAGAAUCUCUAGAAGGAAAGGAACUGCUGGGAACUCCUUUUUCCAGAUCGGAGACACCUUUUCAGCUGACAGAUGUGAACAAAAGUUCUUCUCAGAAUGGGAAUUUAAUGUUAACAAUGGAAAAGCAAGAAAACACCUGUAAAUGGCGCUCUCAACUGGGCAGUACCACUCACUGCUACUCCUCUCUGACACGCACUCCUCUCCCAUCUGUACCAUCAAAAUCAAGUGAUGUGCAUUGUGCUGGUCAGAAGCCAGAGUUACGGUCUCCUUCAUAUUUCAUGCCCCAGGUGAAAGCUGGAGCACAAACGAAAGGAGGUCAGCCUGUGCAUGGUCAGAUAGGAGCCCGUUCCCAAGCCUAUCAACAGAGAAAAGAGUUGGAAAAGUUGCAACCAAACUUACAGAUGCAUUUGCUGUCACCUGAAGAGUUACUGAGAAAACAGAGUCACCAAAAUGCAGCUGAACUGGAAGAAAGAAAGAACAGUUCCAGAGAAGAAAUAGUGCUACAGAGAAAGCUAGAAGCAGAGCUCCAAAGCAUCCAACAACAAAUGCAGUACUACUUCAGCAGGAAGCAAGAACUCAAGUCUUGUCAGCAGCAGGCAGAGAUUCUACAUAAGUGGCUAGAAAGGAGAGUACCACCACAGGAUCAAGACAUUAUACAAAAAGUUCAGGAAGAAUUGGACCAGUUGGAGGGGAGGAUCAGUGCUCUCACCAAAGCACAACACCGAGAGAGACAUCAUGUUCAGAACCUGAUUGAUCGCCUGCAUGUUAUUCAGGUUGCUCUGGAUAUGUGAAUUCAUGUGAACCUGUGUAGGAAUGGCUGCAGUUUUUACUCCUUUCAUAGCAGGAGAGUAUGGAAAGAGAUGUAUUCAUUCUCAUAGUCUAGGUGUGGUAUUUCUAUUUUAUAAACUAACCUGAUUAUU